CUAACUCCAUCCGGCCCUUUUGCGUCGUCCUCUCCCUCGCCAUGGCGGCCUGGAAGCUUGCCGUGUGUGUGGCCGGAAUUUGGAGCUGCUUCUUUGUCUAUGGCAUUCUGCAGGAGAGCAUUUUUGUGUACCGGACGCCCAGCGGUGAGAAGUUCAAGGAGACCAUGGUGCUCCUCAUCGUGGAGCACACAGUGUCUGCCUUGGUGGCCCUCGCCAUCAUGACGUUCUUCACAGGGAGCUCCUCAUCUUGGCGGCCUUACCUGAAAUCCCAGGGCAUUGUCGCUUGCGCGCAGUGCGGCGCCAAGUUCGCCAGCAACGAGGCGCUGAAGUCGGUGUCCUAUCCCAUCCAGGCGUUGGCCAAGUCUUCGAAGACGCUGCCGGCGAUGCUCGGAUGUCUGUGGAGCGGCAAACGCAUCACCACUGUGCAGUGGGUGGCAGCAAUCGGCAUUACGCUGGGGACCGCGGGCUUCUCCAUGAGCGGCAAGAAGAACAGCGACAUCGAGGCAAAGCCCCUCGGAGUCCUCCUGCUGGUGCUGUCGCUGCUGUGUGAUGGCACCGUGUCGGCGGCGCAGCAGAGCAUGCGGAACCAGGUGAACGCCCUGUCCCCGUACGAGCAGAUGUUCAUGACCAACCUGGGCGCCGCACUGAUCCUUCUGCCCGUGUCCCUGGUUUUUGGCCAGCUGCAGACAGGCCUGCAGUUUCUCGUCGACAACAUCACGAUUUUGGACGAGAUCGCCAUAUUUGCCCUCUGCUCCGCCUUUGGGCAAGUCUUCAUCUUCCUGACGAUCGCCUGGUUCGGGCCCGACACCAACGCGAAGAUCACCACGGUCCGCAAGAUGGCCACGGUGCUGAUUUCCAUCGUGUGGUUCGGUCACAGCAUCGACACGGCGCAGUGGGCCUUUGUGGGGCUUGUCUUCGCCUCCGUCUUCGCCGAGAUCAGCGAGAAGCUGUUCCAGGUCAAGCCCACCAACGGCAAAGCGAACGGCAACAAAGAGAAGUCCAAGUGAGCGACCGGCAACGCUGCGGCGGUCCCGCGGGAACCCCGCGGGCUUCCGCGGGCUUCCGGGUGUCGGCGGUUUUGGGGCCCUGGAGGUCGCGCCUCUGCGGUUUUGGUCAGUUUGUGUUUGUGGUC